AUGACUUCAAUGUUAUUUGAUUUAAAGACUAUAAAUAACAAUAAUAAUACUAGCAAUAAUAAUAAUAGUAGUACUGGUACAGGAGUAUGGACAAAGAAAGAACAUACUGAAUUCUAUCAAUAUGUUACAAAGUAUGGUGUACCAACAGAUGGUUGGAAAGUAGUAUUGACCAAGACAAAGAGUUUAAAGUUAAAGACUGAACAACAACUACAAGCAUACUUUAUUCAUUACUUGGCAAGAUGUAAUCAUUAUUUGGGUGAUAUGAAUAAUACUAAACUAAAACCAAAAGAUGCUACUACAACUACAUCAACAACAACAACUACAACAACAACAACUACAACUAAUACUUCUACUGCAACUACUUCAAUAAUAGUAGCCUCAUCGUCAAAUGCAAAUGAUAUACCUAUUACAUUGGCAAGUGCAAAAAAGUUUGUAGUACGUGUAGGCUUUUUCAAAGAUCUUUAUAAAUGUUUAAAGGUAGAGAAUAAUGUUGUCAUUGCAAUGGGUGUGAGUAGAGCGUACAGUAAUUUGUGGACACCGGGUGAGAAUGACAUUGCAUUGCUUAGGGGAUUGGCCAAACAUGGAUAUGCAUCGUACCAAGAGAUUAUGAGUGAUCCAACACUCCCCUUUUACAAAAUAUAUCAAGACAAGGUUGCAUCGUCAUCUACACCACCCGCUGCAGAGGAUAUUCUCGAAGUGUUGGGAUACAGCAAGUACGAGAUGGCAAGCAGAAUCGUUAAAUUGGUCACUGCCAUUUUGGAUCCUCUCAAUCAUAGUCGUCCCAAGACUAUUACGAUCGACCCUUCAACCAUACCAGCUACCACAUCGAUCAAGGAUAUAUUGGGUGACAGAAACAAGCAGAUAGUGUAUCACGUCCAACUACUCUCAUAUGCACACAAGAAGGGUAAACUUUCAAAGGAACUGUUUAUCAAGCAUUUGACAAUGUUGUAUGGGUCGACACAAGCCACCAAAUACUACGACACGGUUGUUGCAGCUCCUAUGAGCAGUAUUCCAGUCGUGACGUAUGAAAACGGACCCAUAGAAUAUGUAUUGGCACGAACACCACACUAUAGACGUCUCAUUAUGGCAGCUAUCCAACACCAACAGCUCGCCAAUCACUGUCGCAAGCUUGGACAGUUGUACACAUCGUUGUUGAUUGGCAAGCCAAAGUUGACCGAGCACUUGGUCAUGUUGUUUGGCGAAGACAAGGGACGCAUGCACGCCAACAUCUUAACGACUGGUGUCGCUCGUGACAAGGCUGGCGCAGAGGUCACUGCCAAGGACGUGCAGCCUACUUUAUCCAACACACCUCGUUUUAGAGACUUGUUAAACAACAAGUUCAAGCAACAAGAGCCAAUCAAGGAAUUGUACUUUGAACCACUCGUCUCGGGUAUACCCAACUAUAUUGAAAAGACGACAGCGGUAGAUCUCGAAAUGUACGAAGAUUCGGUUAUUAGACAUAUCAAUUUACUCGCACAUGGACUUGUUCAUAACCUCGUGACAAGAAUGACACUGACCGAGCAUUUGGAAGAAAUCUUUGGCUACGACACUGAUGUCGUAAAAUAUUACAUGAGAGUUAUCAGUGCCUAUCCAUCAAGUAGAUGUUCACCUCCAUCUCAAUUGGAUGUAAGCCAAGCAUUGGAGAGAAAAUAUUACAUCUCAAAGUUUGUUUCAUUGUUGAGAAUUUAUGGUAAAACAAAAUUACCUGCACAAGAUCCAGUUGUUGGACAACAACCUUUAAAAAAAUUGGCACCUACAGCCAAACCUUUGGCUAAACCAGGAGCCAAACCAGUUGCUAAACCAUCGGCUACAAUAGUUGCCAAACCAGUAGCCACAACAGUUGCCAAACCAGUAGCUAUUACACCAUUAACAGUUACACCAUUAACAUCAACAUCAACUUCAACUACUCCACCAUCAUCACCAUCAUUUCACAUUGGAAGACCAGCAGGUCAAUCAUCCCCACAAUCAUCACCACUUCAAAGAGUAUCAUCACCACCUCUAAUUCAACCAGCAGCAAGUCAAUCAUCCCCACAAUCAUCACCACCUCUAAUUCAACCAGCAGCAGCAGGUCAAUCAUCACCACCAGUUCAACCUAGUCAACCUCAGACAAAAGUAUCUAUGAGUUCAGUUCCAGAGUUGACAGAGGUAUCGAAUCAUUUAAAGAUACUCCUUUUCAUGCACCACUACAACAAGAUUGAUGCAACCAUACUUUUGAAUCAUUUCUCUAUGAUCUUUCCAUUUACGGCUCAACAAAAAUUAUCAGCUAUGCAAAAACAAGCGGUCAAAUUUCCUCCAUUACCACCCAAUUUCAAUGUUCAACACUAUUUAUCAUUAACACCUACCAUGGCAACGAAAUAUAGAAAUCAUGUUAUCGCUCAAAGACAACAAUUAGCUCAACAAUCCCCAACUCCAAAAUAA